AUGGUCUCCAUUUCCUUUAUCAUAUGUAGGUAUGGUAAACCUGGAUGCGCUGCAGAUACAUGCGACUAUUUUCUCAGUUACCGCAGAAUAGGAGCUGACAUAGAGUUUGAAUUGAGUGCUGAAGCUGAUGGCUGGGUAGCUGUAGGAUUUUCUUCAGAUAAGAAAAUGGGUGGAGAUGAUGUUAUGGCCUGUGUUCAUGAUGAUAAUGGAAGAGUCAGAAUACAUCACUUCUACAAUGUUGGUCAGUGGGCAAAAGAAAUCCAAAGAAACCCUGCCAGAGAUGAAGAAGGUAUUUUUGAAAAUAAUCAUGUCACAUGUCGAUUUAAGCGCCCAGUGAAGGUUCCCAGGGAUGAAACUAUCGUAGAUCUCCAUCUGAGUUGGUACUAUUUAUUUGCUUGGGGCCCAGCAAUUCAGGGUUCUAUAACACGGCAUGAUAUAGAUUCUCCACCGGUUUCGGAGCAUGUGGUCAGUAUUUACAAGUAUGAAGAUAUUUUUAUGCCUUCAGCUGCCUAUCAGACUUUUUCAUCUCCUUUUUGUUUGUUACUUAUUGUUGCUCUGACAUUCUAUAUAUUGAUGGGAACCCCAUGACAUCCCGUAUAAUAUUAUGACAGAUUGAAAUUAUUUGUCAGACAGUGUUGGUUAAAAUUUUACCCUUUUCUAUUGGAAUUUAUAUUAGAGGACAAUUUAAUCAUUCAGAUUGUGAACAAUAACCCUGAGGCAUAAAUAUGUGCCAAAUAAUUUCAAGAUC